AUGGUCUAUUCUUCGGGACUCAGCGGUGGUAUAGCUUUGCUCUGGAAAAUAAGGAAUUCAGUUAACCUCGUAAGCUACUCUAUUGAUGUCAGGGUAGCACUGGCAAACGCAAAGGAAUGGCGGCUUACAGGCUAUUAUAGGCACCCUGAAAGGCAUAACGGAGAGGCCUCCUGGAAUCUAAUCCGAUCACUAAGCAACAAUUCUGAUUUGCCUUGGCUAAUGUUGGGCGAUUUAACAAAGAAUUCGGAGAAACGGGGGCUCAGGCAACAACCAAAUGCUUUAAUAGAUGGUUUCAAUUCUGCUUUAAAUGACAGUGGAUUUCAUGAUAUUGGCAUGCAUGGGUACCAGUUCACUUGGUCAAGGGGCAGGGGCACACCCGGAUGGGUCGAGGAACGGGAGGAGAAACAGAGACAUUUCACGUACAGUUUCAGAUUCAAAAAUGUUUGGUUAGAGGAAGAGGAAUGCCAGAACAUUGUCCUAAAUGGCGCAGAUUUACCUUCCCGGAUUGAUCUGUGCGCUCAAAUACUUAGUCACUGGGGAGGCUCCUAUGACAACAAGUUCCAGAAAAUUAAAGAGGAUUAUCGGAGGAGACUUGAUUACCUCAAACCGAAGCAGGAUCAGGCCUCAAUGGAUGAGUAUUGUACAAUAGAGAGAGUUUCACACAUUGUUAAAUUCGGAAGAAAUCUAUUGGAAACAGAGAUCAAAACAACACUGGUUGUCAGCAGUGGAUGGCAAUACAAGAUUUUUCCACCAGUAUGCUUCGGGGAGGAAAAAGAAAAACCGCAUUAUUCUGUUAGUAAUUGUGUCUCCGCGUGCCAGUUUCCACAAGGGUUAGGCAAGGCAAACAUAGUUCUGCUCCCGAAAAAGCAAACUCUAGAAACAGUGGCAGAGCUGCGUCCGAUAGCAUUGUGCAACACUAUCUACAAGGUCAUUGCUAAAUUACUCGCAAACAGGAUGAAAGGCAUGCUAAGAGGUUUAAUUGCCUUCGUUCCAAACCGGCUUAUUACGGACAACAAACUAAUUGCAGCAGAGGCCGGGCAUUUUCUGCGUAGAAAGGUGGGUGGUGUACAAGGUUUGGCGGGUCUGAAACUAGACAUGGCAAAGGCAUACGACCGCAUGGAGUGGGAUUAUGUUCGAUUUAUGCUGACGAAGUUCAGUUUUGCAGACGAGUGGGUGAACCUAAUAAUGCUAUGUUUAUCUGCACUGAUUAGAGAUGCUGAAAUGAAAGGCACCAUCCAUGGAUGCCAAAUUGCCAGAGGUGCCCCGGCUGUCACGCAUUUGAUCAGCAACACCCCGACUGAAACUCGUGCUAUGAUAAGCAACUGUAUUGCCGUUCCGAUAGCAGCAGACUUUGGAAAAUAUCUCGGUCUCCCCUCAGUCAUCGGCCGGAAUAAAACGGAGGUGUUCAAAUAUAUUGACCAAAAGAUUCGACAGCGCGUUGGUUCGUGGCAGAAGAAGCUCCUUUCCUGUGCCAGGAAGGAAACUUUGAUCAAGAGCGUUGCUCAGUCUCUGCCAACAUACUCAAUGAGCGUUUAUCUGCUACCGGAUUCGUUGUGUGACACUCUGCAAAAAGUGAUGAACAAGUACUUCUGGGAGAGUGGCGGAGGAAAUAGCAGGGGUGUGCAUUGGCUAUCUUGGGAUCGUUUGGCUUUUCCAAAAGGUCAAGGUGGCUUGGGCUUCAAGAGUUGA